AACAAUUUGAAGUCAUUUUCAGUUGUGCCGUUACGCGUGUUGCGCGGACGUUGAUCGUUUAUCGGGCUGGCGAUCGCAAGAUGUCGAAUUUCAAGCAACAAUACAAGAAUCCGCGACUAGGUUUCGGCGACGUUGGUCACAAUAGAAAUGUACGCGCCUAUAAACAAGAUAAAUCACGCAGGGAGAUCCGAACGCGUGCCUUUGACCAGACUCGUCAGCUGCAGGACGUCUCGGCGCCCCCGAGUCCGGAAUCCGGGAAAUUGAAAAAUGAACGUUUCAAGAAGUUACAAAAAUGGAAGGAAGAACGUGAAAGAAAAAAACAAUUGGAGGCUGCCAAGAAGAAGCCUGCUUUCAAAGUUGGUGUUGUUCACCAUUCUUUAUCUUCUCCUUGGAAUACAACAUCUGCACAAUCAUCCACAAAAGUGAAGGCAAUGCGUCAGAAUGAUGUGCCAAAACGGAUUACCAGAGCAACGGAAAAGCGAUUGUUGGCUAAAAAUCUACUUGUUAAGCAAGUAGCAACGGGCUCAAAGGACGUAGCUUCCACUUCGGCAAAACAGCAUCUCAAUUCAAACGCCCAAAAUAUCAAAACAUCCGAUAAGAAGAAGCCAAAAUCAUUUGCUCCUGCUAAUCACGAGUUCAGACCCCCAUCUGGACUGCAAAAGCUGCCUCUCUUUGGUCUUGUGCCACCAGUUGAGGAAACGCCACAGGAGAAAGGAGAUUUCUUUGUAAAAGGCAAACAAGCUGACUUCAAUCUAUUCAACACAAAUAACGUUAAGAGUGAGCUGAAAGUCAAACCAUCGGAAGAAUUAAAUACAAACAUCUCUGGUAAUAGGAGUGUAGGAAUCAAGACCUCAAGUCCAAAGUCGUCGUCGAAUAAACGAAAAUCACAGCAAAAGCUAAAUGAACCGGUUCCCGAUCUAAAUAGCACGUUCGAAAUCAAAGAAACGGUAACAGCGUCGAGUAAACACGAGAAUAUAGAGAGAGAUGCCCCGCAGGAGGGACAACCUUCAUCGAACGAUAAUACGAAGACACCAUCGCGCGAGGCUGAUUCAGUUGAUGUCAACAAAGGCAACCGCGAUACGGAAAAUCUCAUUUCCUUCUCACCGUACCUCACGCUGAGUCGUGGCAAGAAAAACGCUAGGAAGGAGCAACAGCAGCGACUCGGCAUCGGCCGUUCGCCGUCCGACGCAAUCCCGACCAAAGAGACCGUAAUGAAAAACUUAAACAUAUCUGCCGAGGAGGAGGAACGCACUGCUCAGUACUUCAAGUAUAUUCUGAAGAAGGAGACCGACAAGCUCCAGGAUCUGUGCAGGAAAUGGUUGGACAUCCAGACCUCGGAGCAGGGUGUACCAGAAGACGCUGCGUACGAAAUCAAUCAAGCGGUGGGGCAGACGAAUUUGCUGAUAAAUAAAAAGUUCGAAAGGUUUCGCGGCUUGGUGCAGGACUGCGAAACCGGCAGGGGAGAGAUGCUGGUCACGUGUAGGGACUUGCAGGGAUUUUGGGACAUGACGUACAUGGAAGUCGCAAAUUGCGACGCGCGGUUCGCGAAGUUGGAGGAACGCCGCGACAGACAGUGGCAGGAGGACGACUGCGCUGCUGCUAAGCUCGGUGCUUGCAAAAAGAAGCGAAUGCCCGCGAAAAAACAGAUCGCGCCAAACAGAUCGCAGCCAAGCGCACUGCGGUCAAUGAUCUUAGCUGCCAGAAAGAAGAAGAUGGAGGCGGGAACGAGUCCGCUGAAUAAAGAAGAUCCGCUGCAGGACGCGAAUAAGGAGCGCGCCUUCACUUUGCCGGGCAGUAGGAAAUCCACGUCCUCCAAGGAAAACGAUUCCGCUCGGCGUAAGACAAGAUCCAAAUCCAUCGGUUCAAACCCACGCAAGUCACCUUUCGCGCGAGACGAAAAUGCGAAGAUAAAUUUGCUACAGUUGCACCGCGCUAGCGCGUCCAAAAAGCUGAGGAGUCCAUUCGCAGCUAUGAAGAUAAGUCAAAUGUGUAAGACGCCCGAGGUCCAAUUGGAUGACACGAUAACGUACGUUAAUUCCGGCCAAACGCCGGGUAAAAGUAUAUUAAAGAAAUCGGAGGACCUAAGUAAGGAAGCUCGUAUCAAGUCUGCAUGCAAGGUCAAUUUUGAUGAUGCGAUAGCUCGAAGAAGGGAGGUUCCUCUUGAUGAGGAAGCGCGGACCAAAUUAAGCCUAGCCGCUGCGUUAAGCAGAAUAGACAAUCUCGAGUUGGACGAGUUAAGCGUGGAAGAGAGUAUUAACGCUGAGAAAAGGUUGAACUUCGACGCUGAGGAUUCUGACAAUUCCAUAAAUUCCAAUGGCUUUGAUGAGUUUGCGGCCGAGGUAUCGAUCCAGGUCGAGAAGCGACAAUCCAAAUCACUGUCUCGUAAGAAAACGGCGACGGACGAUGGAGAGGUUGCAGCGUCUAGGAAACGGUCAAGGCAUCGAACUCGAUGUGUCAGUACAUCGGACGAGGAAGUAGAAUAUGAUGUAAAUGUGUUGCCUGCAACGCCGUUAAAAACUAAUGUCAGGACUCCCGUUAACUCGGAGACAAUCUCGAAUGCAGAACUGGAACGAAAUGACGAGUCGGAAAUAAAAAUACUUAGAAAUAGAACCAUCACGACAAACGAUAGCGUGAAGAUCAACAGGACAAGCAAAUUGGUAAGCAGUUUUUUGUUAUUAUUGCUACGUAAAAUCUUUAAUUUAUUUAUUGUGUAUUUCUCAUUAUAUACGAUAUACUUGUCACGGCUGAUGCGUUAUCGACACCAAUUGUACAAGUUGACGCAUAGCAUUGGAACGAAAACCACACCAAUUGGCGAGUAA